AUGAUGGCAAUAAGACACCUCUCCGUGGCUCUGAGUAUUCUACUACUGUUGACAACCUGCUUUUCUCCCUGUCAUGGUUGGAAUAGCAAUCAUGGGCCAGUCAAACCCAGAGCGUGGCACAAAACCAUCCAGAAAGUAGCCACCAAUGCAGCCGUUGCCACCACGAUUUAUUGUGGCAUCAUGCUUCCCCAUGACGCAGCGUUUGCCGAUGCCUCUUCUUCGUUUUCGGAGGAACAGCUGCGGCAAAGUUUGAAACCUGCCACCGAGUCGAGACCUCAGAUCAUGCUGCAAGGUCCACCACCGACUCAACAACAAUAUGUGCCCAUUGAAAACCAGCCAAUUGUACAGGGCCUACUGUCAUUGUCCAACCCCAAAUCAGAGAUACGCCCCGCUUUUACGGAUACCAUUGUCAUUACCAUUCGAGACUAUACCCAACCCGACACGGUUCUGGGAGGAGCCCGCAUACCCGUUUCCAAGGCACGGUUUCCAUUGGCAUUUCGACUAUAUCCCAAAAAUAUAUUGGCAAACCAGCAAGCUACGUGGAAUGAAAAAACCAGUCAAGGCGGGGAUGUGCUGGUCAAAGCGUGGCUGUGUCCCGAAGAGAAUCCAAAAUGUUCCGAAACCGAAAGUCGCAUGCAAGCGGCAGGAGUGGCCAAACUAAUACGCAAUCUACCAGGACUGGCUACUGGUGAAACCAUUCGUGCACCGGCGUCCUUGUCUCUGCAAUAG